AUGGUGAAAGAGCAAUCUACCCACUGUUUUAAGAGUGACCAUGCCUCUACUUCAACUUCCACUCCUCCUCCAAGUGUCCCAAAAAUACCUCGUCCUUUAAAUAGUUUCAUGAUCUUUCGUCUUGAAAAGCAGCGUGAAAUUUUAGCGCAAUGUCCUGGUGCCAAUCAUUGUGACAUCUCUAAAAUUGUGUCUAAAUGGUGGAGUGAAUUAGCACCUAAAGAAAAGCAAGUUUAUAUUAAACAAGCCGAGACAAACAAGUUGAAUCAUAAGAAAAAAUAUCCAGACUACAAGUAUAAUCCAAACAGACGUCGGGAUGGUAAAGGCAAAAGAACGUAUAAGACUCGUCCUAAAAACGAGAUGAUUGCUCGUGAUUUCGACAAGAAGCAACACUUACUCUCGCUUUAUCAUCAUAAGAAAGUUUAUGCUUUACUUGACAAGAAAGAAAAAGAACAAAUGCUUAAUCUACUCGAACUCAAAGUGAACAAUGGCAAGAGACCAUGCGAUAUUAUUGCUGAAAACCAAGCAGAGAUGGAAAAGACAAGCCCUGAAAUUCCUUUGUUUACUCAGCAUGAUCUAUUGCCAACCAUAAAUGAGCAUGGCUUAUAUUAUACCAAUUCUUUUUCGACAGUUACUGCUGACACUGCUUCUUUGUCUUCUUCUUCUUCUUCGCCUCUCUUUUAUUGGCUUCCUGAUCAAUAUCCGCUUUAUGACUAUGGUCUAGCUAACCAAAACCUCUACAACUUUUACGAAAAUUGCAAUGCUUUAGAUGAAGCUGAUCAAAUUCUUCAGACCAUCAAUUUCAGCCAAUAUCUUGCACCAGAGUAA